AACUGGUAUAAAUCGCAUCAACGCCACACUGGAAACGCUCCAACGUGCAUUGCUGUGGAAUUUUUCCUUGAAGUAACAACCAUCAAAACUAAUUCAUUCACCUUUAAAAGCCAUAGGAGGGGCAACAAAUUAAGGGGAGGGAACUGAAAAAAUGAGAUAAGUACCACUGUAAUUGCCUUCUCCUGGCAUAUAAUUGUUUAAUUCAUUCUGGAUAAGGCUGAGGUUUUUGAAUUGAAAGGAAAAAUGGCAAGCAGAAUCCAUUCUCCCACCCCCCUGCUCAAGGAUGAGCUGGAUAUAGUGAUACCCACUAUCAGGAGAUUGGAUUUUCUGGAGGUGUGGAGGCCCUUUUUUCAGCCAUAUCAUCUCAUCAUAAUUCAGGAUGGAGAUCCCUCCAAGAUCAUCAAUGUGCCCGAGGGUUUCGACUAUGAACUCUACAACCGUAAUGACAUUAACAGGAUCCUCGGCCCCAAGGCCUCUUGUAUCUCCUAUAUGGACGGCGCCUGCCGUUGCUUCGGUUUUAUGAUCUCUAAGAAGAAGUACAUUUAUACAAUUGACGAUGACUGCUUUGUUGCCAAGGAUCCCUCUGGAAAGGACAUAAAUGCAGUGGAGCAGCACAUAAAGAACUUGUUGUGCCCGUCGACACCGUUUUUCUUCAAUACCCUGUAUGAUCCAUUCGCCCCUGGAACAGAUUUUGUUCGUGGGUACCCUUUCAGCCUGCGUCAUGGGGUACCCACAGCUGUUUCUCAUGGCCUCUGGCUCAAUAUCCCUGACUACGAUGCCCCCACUCAGCUUGUCAAGCCCAUGGAACGCAACACCAGAUAUGUGGAUGCAGUUCUGACCAUUCCAAAGGGUUCAUUAUUCCCUAUGUGUGGGAUGAAUUUGGCCUUUGACCGUGAGUUGAUUGGCCCUGCAUUGUAUUUUGGUCUAAUGGGUGAUGGCCAGCCCAUUGGUCGCUAUGAUGACAUGUGGGCAGGAUGGUGUGUAAAGGUUAUAUGUGAUCAUUUGGGUUUGGGAGUAAAGACAGGAUUGCCAUACAUUUGGCACAGCAAAGCUAGCAACCCAUUUGUGAAUUUGAAGAAAGAGUACAAGGGGAUAUUUUGGCAGGAGGAGAUCAUUCCAUUUUUCCAAUCUGUUACCUUUCCCAGACACUUGACAUCUGUGCAGGAAUGCUACAUUGAGCUCUCAAAGCAGGUCAAAGAGAAGCUUGCAGAAAUAGAUCCAUAUUUCCUGAACCUAGCAGAUGCAAUGGUCACAUGGAUUGAGGCUUGGGAUGAAUUUAACCCUGCUUAAAAGAAGGAAUCUACGGUUCCUAAUGGAUCGGCUAAGUAGGAUAGAAUCAGUCUGCCAGUUCUGUUAGAAUCCAUUAUUCAAUGUUAGGUCCAAAUUUUUGCUACUAUGUGAUUACAAUGUUUUCCGUUA